AUGUCGAACCGUUACUCGGUCUUCUCCACACAGUCCGCUGGUUUCCCAGCUGGCCCUCGACCGGCUUCGCAACAUACCACCCAGGUUUCAACCACGACGUUGCUAAAUGCCUUGCACUCGUUCUACUCAGCUGGUCAACCCUAUCAGCUGGAUUCGGGCACUAGCUUGGCCGUGAACACCUGGGUGACCGCCGCUACUACCUUGCCCGAUGGUCGUAAUGGGGCUACGGUAGAUCGUGACCUGGCUGUUCGGGCGUGGGAGCAUGCCCGGAGACGAGCCGAGGAUGGUUGCAUUGUUCUAGCCUCCCUCCACCAGUCGACUCCGUCGUUGUUGGAGCCGUUCCUUACGGCGCUGCCAGUCUCCACCCCGGAGAUCGCCUAUACAGCUCUCGCAGCGCUACGACCCUUCCUCUCCGCUGUGACUUCGUUCAAUCCGUCCUAUUCUCUUCAUUCUGCAUUCGCCGCCUCUUACACAUUGACGCUGCCGGGUACAGUCGUCGGCUUGUCUCUCGCUCUGUCCACCUCUGGCAUCAAUGUGCGUAAGGGCCUCUUGGAGAUUCCCGGCGAGGCCGGUUACCGCGCCUUCGACGUCUUCUACUACCUCUUGACUUCUGCUUCUACGCCCGCGGAGCGUGAAUUCCUGGAUCUGAAAGAACUAUCUCAUUAUGUUCUGAUUAAUCAAUCCGGCACCUAUUCGCCUCCCUCCUAUCUUCCCACUGCCGAUGAUACGGCGGCAGCCGAGGAUCUACGUGCGAAUCUAAAGGCAAUUGGUAUCAAGGGUGCUGCACAGCGUGGCCUGCUUUCAGUUCUUGCGGGUCUGCUUAAGCUCGGCAAUGCUGCCGGUCUGAUGGUAGACCAAGAAGAAUUGGAAGAGGUCUGUGAAGACGUUGGCGGUCUCCUUGGGGUCGAUCCCGAGGUCUUGCUGCACAAGUGCUCCACCGAUGAGCGUGAGAUCUUGAUCGCUGGUAUCUAUGAAGCAUUGGUAGAUUGGGUUAUCGGGAAAGCCAACGAAGCCAUUGCUGCUGACAUCCAGAAUGCCUUGGAGAAUGACUCCAGCAAUGGUGGUCUCGGUGCGGCCCAUUAUUCCAAUGAGGAUACUGUCGGCCUGACUGUCAUUGAUAUUCCCCGCCCGGCCUUGGGUAAAGCCAUUACCAUGCGGGGUGUCUUUGAUGAUGAGCUGGGCCUCAAUGCCGAAAUGAAAGAAGAUGGCAUUCCUCUCCCGGCCAUCGGCCAGUCUGUUAUCAAUGAAAUGAGUGCUGCGGUGGCUCAGGUCGAGCCCGACCUUGGUAUCAUGAGUGGUGCUGCUGGUCGGGAACGCGAACAUGAUCUGGACAAACGCCAAGGUGUCUUGGAGAAGGUCGGUUUAGAAGCCGAGUCCGACUCUUUCUUGCGACAGCUUCUGUUCCCAGUUGAGAGCGAGGGUAUCUCCAUCGGCAAACGGGGACGUUUCGAUCUCCCCACGACCUUGGGUAGCAGCCGUGUCUGGUAUCACUUGUCCAUUCACCCCACGGAUGACCUCCCAGAUCAGCUCACCGCGAACACUGUGGCCUGGUCUGCGGGUGCAGUCUCGCGUCAAUUGAGAGAUUGGCGACUGCCCGAGUGGGCCAACCGGCGCCUGAAGCAACUCGACUUUACAGUGGACUUUGACGUGGAAGAAUUCGUCGGUCGGUAUGCUCGGCUUGGCUGCACUGAAGGCCAAGACGGUGUUGAGAACUGGAUCCUCGAGAGAGGCUGGAGCAACGGGGAUGCCGUUGUCGGCCAACAACGUAUCUGGAUGAGAGAGGGUGCCUGGUGGGAGGCCGAGUCGAUGCUCGACCUCAAGCCGGACGAAAUGCCCUCAAACCCCUUCGGAUAUGGUGCGACCAUGUAUGAACCCGGUUACACCCCUGAUGGCAACCCCGUCGGCGAAAGCUCCAACCUGUUGGGAGCCGACAUGAUGAUGCACAACCAGAGCGUAAUGGCCCCAAGUGUCAUGGGAGGUGCCAAGUCUAUCGCCCCUACUGGCAUCACCAAUACUGGCGGCGGUGACUACGGUCUUGGCCACAAGGGUGACGAUAACAAGGGUGACAUUGCUUAUUAUGAUGACUAUGGUCGCUACAUCGGCGAUCUCGAUCCCGAGUUUGGGGACCCUAAGCACAUCGAGAAAAAGAAGAUUUCAUUCGGUCGCCGCGUUUGGGCUGGCCUCGUCUGGGCUCUCACUUUCUGGAUCCCUUCAUUCGUUCUUCGCUAUAUUGGUCGCAUGAAGCGUCCAGAUGUUCGAUUUGCCUGGCGGGAGAAGAUCGUCUUGGUCCUCAUCAUCUUACUCUUCAACGGAAUUGUUUGCUUCUACAUCAUCGCCUUCGGUGACCUCCUGUGUCCCAACAAGGCUAAAGUCUGGAACAACAAGGAGGUUAGCUGGCACACUCAGGACAACAACUUCUACGUCAGUAUCCAUGGCCGGGUCUAUGACAUUUCCAAGUUCUGGAAGCUGCAGCACAGUGAUACCAGCAUUGAAACUACCACGUCCAACAUGGAGCCCUUUGCUGGUUUGAAUCUGGACGCUUAUUUCCCCCCUCCGCUCACUCAGUACUGCGGUGCUUUUGUCACCGACCAGUCGAUCCAGCUGUUGAACAAUGAUACCAGCGCAGUCCUAUAUUCCGAUGCAAAGCACAACUGUGGUCCCCGUAACUAUCCUCAGACCGAUACGAAGCUCCACGAGAUCACCUGGUAUGCAGACGUCUUCCUGCCCAAGAUUGCCAACUACUACAAGGGUGAAUUGGUCUGGACGAAGAGUACCAUCGAGACGCAAGCCAACGACUAUUCCCGAUACUGGGUCAUCGUGAAUCAAAAGGUUUACGACCUUACGGAUUACUUCUACACCGCCAAGACUGAAAACAAUCUUGCUUCCUACACUUUCCUGCCAGACUCCGUGACCACGCUGUUUAAGAAUUACCCCGGUCAAGAUGUGACAGACAAAUGGCAGGAUACCACAGACUUCCAAAACGCGCAACGCUGUCUUGACUACGUCUUCUACAAGGGCAAGGUUGAUUUCCGAGACAGUCCCAAGUGUACCGUUAACAACUGGAUUCUUCUGGCGUUCACCAUUCUCAUCUGUGCCGUGAUUCUUGUCAAGUUCUUGGCAGCACUGCAGCUGGGGUCCAAACGUCGGCCAGCACCUCAAGACAAGUUUGUCAUCUGCUUGGUCCCUGCCUAUACUGAGGGCGAGGACUCCCUACGAAAGGGCCUGGACUCUUUGACUGCGCUGCAGUACGACAACAAGCGAAAGUUGAUUUUUGUCAUCUGUGAUGGUAUGAUCGUUGGUGGUGGUAAUGACCGUCCAACACCGAAGAUCGUUCUCGACAUUCUGGGGGUGGACCCUAAGAUGGAUCCCCCGGCUCUGCCAUUCCGAUCCGUUGGCCAGGGUAGCGAGCAACUGAACUACGCCAAGGUCUAUUCUGGUCUGUACGAGUACGAAGGCAAUGUAGUCCCUUACAUCGUCGUGGUCAAGGUGGGCAAGGAGUCUGAGCAGCGCAAGUCCAAGCCUGGUAACCGUGGCAAGCGAGACUCGCAAGUCUUGCUUAUGCACUUCCUCAACCGUGUUCACCACCGUGGUCCGAUGUCGCCCAUGGAGUUGGAAAUCUUCCAUCAGAUUAAUAACAUCAUUGGCGUGGACCCCGAACUUUACGAAUACUGCUUCAUGGUCGAUGCUGAUACCAGUGUCAAGGAAGAUUCGCUGAAUCGCUUAGUUGCUGCUUGCGCGGCUGAUGCCAAGAUUGCCGGUAUUUGUGGUGAGACUAGUCUCCAGAACGAGGAGCGCAGUUGGUGGACCAUGAUUCAGGUUUACGAAUACUACAUCUCCCAUCAUCUGGCCAAGGCAUUCGAGUCCCUGUUUGGCAGUGUCACUUGUCUUCCUGGAUGUUUCUGCAUGUAUCGUCUGAGAACUGCCGACAAGGGGCGCCCGCUCAUCAUUUCAGACAAGGUCCUCGAAGAGUAUGCUGAUAUCGAUGUUGACACUUUGCACAAGAAGAACCUGCUGUCUCUGGGUGAGGAUCGUUUCUUGACCACUCUCAUGACCAAGCACUUCCCGACCAUGCGCUAUAAGUUCAUUCCCGAUGCAUUCGCAAGUACCGCUGCCCCCGAGACGUGGAGUGUUCUGGUCUCGCAACGUCGUCGCUGGAUUAACUCGACCAUUCACAACCUUGUCGAACUGGCAGCACUCAAGGAUCUCUGCGGCUUCUGCUGCUUCAGUAUGCGAUUCGUCGUGCUCGUGGAUCUUCUGGGAACAAUCAUUCUUCCCGCAACUUGCGUCUACCUGGGAUACCUCAUUUACCGUGUUGCUAGCCACAGUGGACCAUUCCCUAUGAUCUCGAUCGUCAUGUUGGCCGGUGUAUACGGUCUUCAGGCCAUCAUCUUCAUCAUCAAACGGCAGUGGCAGCAUAUCGGAUGGAUGCUCAUCUAUCUGAUUGCCUUCCCCAUUUACAGUUUCGUGCUUCCUCUGUACUCCUUCUGGAAGCAGGAUGACUUCACUUGGGGUAACACCCGUGUGGUCAUCGGCGAGAAGGGUGAUAAGAGAGUCAUCGCUGUGGAAGAUGAGGGCUUCGACCCCCGCAGUAUUCCUCUGCAGCGCUGGGAUGACUAUGCCCUUGCCAACAAUCUCCCUGGCCGUCGUGGUGAAGUUGGUGGCAACCAAGAGAAGGUCCAAUACACUGGCCGCUACGUGGAUGAGCACGCCAUGGAGAUGGACGAUAUGCACUCGCAGUACUCCUCCGUGCGGCCAGCGUCAACUAUCCUGACUGGAUUCCCCGGCCAGGGUCGCCACGUUAGCCCCUACAUGCCUCCGCAGUCACCGGCCCCCUUCGCUGGGGGUAAUGUCGCCGGCAACCGCAACUCGCAGAUGACCAGCUUCUCCCGCUACACGGACUAUCCCCAGAUGGGCGCUCAUCCCGCAGCCGCAUCUCGAAACAUGUCCGUUGGCAACCUCAGCGCGUACCAGGACAACCCGCUCCACUCGAGCCGUCACAGCAUUGGCUUGAUGCAGAGCAGUGAGAACCUCCUCGCCGCUUCCCGUUCGCGCAGUCCGCUGGGUCAGCUUCCCCCGCGACCUGCUAGCACUGCCUUUGAUUUCCGCGCGGCCAGCGGUCCAGAUGAGCUUGCCAUCACUGAAGCGAUCCGCCACUGUCUCUCCGAAGUGGAUCUCGACACUGUUACGAAGAAACAAGUUCGUGUCCUUGUUGAACAGCGCCUUCAAACCUCCCUCUCCGGCGACAAGCGAACCUUUGUGGACCGCCAAAUCGACCACGAGCUCGCCAACAUGUGA